UUUAAAAUGUCAUCCCAAAGAUUUUGCCUUCGGUGGAACAACCACCAGACAAACUUGCUCGCCGUGUUCGACCAGCUCUUGCACGAUGAAACAUUCAUCGAUGUGACGCUGGCUGUGGAAGGACAGCAUCUGAAGGCUCAUAAGAUGGUGCUGUCCGCCUGCAGUCCUUACUUUCAGCAGCUUUUUGUCAGUCAUCCUGAGAAGCAUCCGAUCGUGAUCUUGCGUGACGUUCCGUUUAAGGACAUGAAGUGUCUGCUGGACUUUAUGUACCGUGGUGAGGUGUCGGUCGAUCAGGAUCGUCUCGCUGCCUUUCUACGCGUCGCCGAAAGUCUCCGGAUAAAGGGACUGACAGAAGUAAACGAUGACAAACCGAAUGCUCCUGCAGGUACGGCAUCAACGACAACGACCUCCGCGUCAGCUCCUUCCGCAUCAGCGCAAGGGUCAGGGGCGGGUGCUGCAGCUACCAACAAAGUUCCGAGUGUGAGCACACAGAAGAAUAGCAGUAGCGACAGCAUAACGCAGGUGGACGAUGACGAUGAAGAUCAUUGUUCUCCAGCAUCCAACAGUAUUCCGGUGGCUGCCUCGGGCCAGGGGCAAGCCGUUGCUGCCGGUCAACUGAAGCAACUGCCUCCCCUGCUCUCAUCUACCGGUAUCGUCACCCGUAGCCACAGCAAUAGCUUGCUGCAGCAACAUCACCAAAGUGGCAAUAGUGCGAUUCUACAGACGAACCCCCUGCUCGGUACGGCCCUCUCGCAACAGAAGCGCAAACGGGGUCGCCCACGGAAGCUGUCUGGCAGUGACGCGGGGGAAGGGGAAAACGACGGCAACUUCACUGGCACUGGCGAAGAGUAUGACAGCAGUUCGAUGGAUAUCAUGGACGUGAAAAUUGCUAGCAGUGGCGCAUCCAAUUCGGGCGACGAUGAUCAGCAGCUACGUAUUGUGAGCAGCCGCACCGAAGAUUGUGACACCCCGAUGCACGAAAAGCCCGAACAAAUGGACGAAUACGAUGAUGAAGAGAUGGAUGACGAUGCCGAUGAGCUGGUUGAGGACGACGAUUUGGAAACGGGCACGGGCGACGAACCUCUCGGCGGUACUACACCAUCGCUGGACGACUCAAUGGAAGUUACCACAAACAAUGCAACAAACAAUGCGCACACGAAUCGAUCCGGUCGGCUGCAUCAGAGGCAGGCGGGUGCACUGUCCACACCAUCGCGAGCAUCCAAAAGAACAAGAACGGCGACCAGCAAUCUGCGGAACAACGAGAACAGCAACAUGUCCGAUUCGAAAGAUUCCUUUGUGGAUGAUGAAAAAUGCAACAAGAUGGAUGAAACGGGCGGCGAAGAGGACGACGACAUCGAGGACGAUCAGUAUGAGGAAAGGGAGCUGAAUUCAAGUCUAAUGGAACCACAGUUGCUGUUGGAUGAAUAUGACGAACCGGUUGAGUUAAAGUUCGAUCCUCGCACGGACAGUGGAGCAGUAGAUUCGACCUCAAACAGCAACAGCUAUCUUCCGCCAUUGCAACCGAAACCUGGUCUAAAGGUGGCCGGUAGCACUAGCGGUACUCGUAUGCCACAGAUCUCGGUCGUACCGACGACAGCGUUGCAAUUACCGAAACUAGCCCCGCUUACGGCAUCCGGUGGAAGCAGUUUUCUCACCGGCACGGGCAACAAAUCCUCGGUGAAGCUACAUAAACGUACCCGAUUGCUGGCACCAAAGAAACCGAACGGCAUGACCACCACCCAGACGAUCCUCAACAAUCUGAACAACAACCUGAAUGAUAACAUGAUCUCAACCUCAAACGCUGGCAGUGGCGCAUCUUCCCUGUGCCUGACGGGCAUCGGUUCGGCCGAAGUGUACGACAUGUUUUCGGGCAGUGUGCUUCGCUCGUCGAGCCCACGGUCCAACUCGAAUUCCCCUUCCGUGAAGGGGGGAGGGGGAGGCAGCAGUGGGAACGACAGCGGUUCCCGCACGCACAAGUACGCGGUGAUCGACGAUACCGAGGGCAGUGUGCGUGAUUUCUGUACCAAAGAGGGUGACCACGUGUACCGGUGCAAAGUGUGCGCCCGCGUGUACACGCACAUUAGCAACUUCUGCCGGCAUUAUGUCACCUCGCACAAGCGCAACGUAAAGGUGUACCCGUGUCCGUUCUGCCUGAAGGAGUUUACGCGCAAGGACAACAUGACGGCGCACGUCAAGAUAAUCCACAAGCAGGAGUACGCCCAGCAGCAGACGACGGGUAUUGGCCCUGGUGGCACGUCGCCCGCUAGUGGCGGUGGAGGCAAUUCGCGUGGUGAGGAUUCGUUCAACGCAUCGUUGCUCGGUGGGCGGAACGAGUCAACGAACGGUGGUGGUGGCAGUUCGUUAACGACGACGUCGAUCAUCAAUGCGGUUGGAUUGCAGCCCCGGCUAGGGUCAAAUAGCAGCAGUGGUGGUGGCGGUAUACGAAUCGUGUUUCCCUUUCCCGGGAGUGGCCAGGCCUCGCCGGCGGCGGCAGCCACAACAGGAACAACAGCCGGCAGUGGCACGGUCGGGGCGAUUACCAUUAAGAAGGAGUUUCAAGAAAAAUCGUCGUCCUCGUCAGGUGCCAACUCACCGACCGGUUCGGUUUCAUCCAGCUCGAGCGGACUCGCAGCCCAACCGGCAACCGCGACCGUCAGCCAGUAGUACUAGUAGUAGUAAUACUAG